UUGUGAAAACAGUCUGAUCUUUGUGGAUUUUUGGCCAAUUUUACUUUUUCUUUAAGGAGCUUGUUUUUAUGUACUCUUUUACAGCAAAAUGAAGAAAUGGAUGCUCGUAAUGAUCUUAAUGUAUAAUACUAGUGUGGAGCUAGAGGAGUUGAUGAGUGGAAUAUUGAUUGCUGGCAGAAGGAAGUUUCCACUUAUCAAGUAAACCUUGUUCCUCUCAUCAUGCAUUUAUGAGGAACUCGGUUGCUUUUUAAUACUUCUUCCCUUACCUCCCCUAAUUCCAUGCCUUUUAUACUUAUCCUUUGACGUCUUUUUUUUUUUGCAAUAAGUGCCAAAGAUUCGAGCUUAGGAUGUAGGUGGCAUUAUCUAUUUAAAACUUUCGAUCAUUUGCUAUCAUCACUACUUGGACGUUUUUUUUUAAUCAAACAUCAAAUUCAUUGGAACUUGUUUGUGUUACCAUGUCAUAUAUGGUCCUUUUAAAGUUGGCUUAUCAUUAGCACAAGUUUCUAGUUUCUGCACAACUAUUUGAGAUUUAAGUGACAUGAAAAAUGCAGGAGAUUGUAGAAUUAUCUAUCAUUUAGUUUGGUUAAUUUGUACCCCUCUAAAAUAUUUUGAAUAUGAUUAUCGAUUGACCUGCAGAGAAGAUUUUACUUUUCUAUCAUUGUUUUCUCUUACUUUGUACUUUUUUUUUAUGUCACUAUUAUCCUACACUUUCUAUUUAUGAGAAGAAAAUGGUUAAAGUUUUUUUUUUUUUGAAUCUGUAUGCCUUUUUUAUUUUUUUACUUCGGUUCUCUAGUUUUUAUAACCAACAAACUCAAGACAUACGAGCCUAAUGUAUUACUUAAUUUUGCACCACUUUCUAUUAUGGUGUUCAACACUCAUUAUUGUAAAAACAUUGAUGUCAAUCAAAUUGCUAUUCCUUUUGGUGUUUCAUACACUCUAGUUGUACUCCACUGCCAGAUUUUUCAUUUGGCUAGGUUUUGCUUUGGUUCUUGCUUUUCAGCAAUUCAUGAAGUAACAGUUUCAUGUGAUUUUCAGGUAAUGGUCAUGACCCCACAGGUCUUAUUAGAUGCCCUGAGGGUUUUUCAACAACCUUCUUUCUCCUACUCUGCUUUUUCUUAGUGCCCCUCCUCUUGCUCCUCUUCAAAGCGGGCCAAUUGUUGACAUGGAUGAGACAAAAGGAAACUGUUUUGUUUCAGCCAGGGAUGAAAACUCUGAUAUGGGUUUACACUUUAAACCUUGGUCUAACUUAUGUUUUCAAAGUACGUGCAGGUAUAUGUCGUUGGCCUACUACACGACACAUAUACAAUAUGCGAGCCAAUAUGCAAAAUCAUAUGCUGUCAACAUUAAAAUACUAAAGAUUUAUAUUGAUACUGAAAGUAUCUAUCACUCUAACAUAAGUGUUUAAGUUAUAAGCUACUAAAAGGAUAAUUUAAGGUCUUGAGUCAAUUUGGUUUAGGUUUAGUUUAAAUUCGUUUAAAUAAAUCCAAUGAAUUUUUAAUUGCAUUUGCAGAUUGCAUAUGCCAUAUAUGCGGCCAUAUGCAAUCAUGGAGUGUUCCCUUCAAAAUCCUGUCUAAAUGGCCAUCUGUGUGGCUCAAGUUUCUUUGUUUGAAAAAAACAAUGUAUAUUAGUAGUGAUUACAUAUAAUCCUGAGUAUUUUUAUGAUAUUCCUUACUUCACAAGUUUCCUGCUUUUCUUGGGAGAGUGCAUAGUGUCCAUGUGAUACAAUGAUUUUGUAAUAUGCAAAUUUUUUUUUCAUUAGUUCACAAUGGUCCUUGAUUGCCUCUAGCUUAUGAUAGAACAAUGAGUAAAGCAUGUGUUAGGAAUAAUGAAAAAAAAUAUAUUAGAAUUUCUCAUCAAUGAUAAUCCCUUCAAUUUAUGUUGAUUAUUCGUUAAAUAAAAUUAGACCUUAAACCUUCUGUUAUAGUGUUUACCGGUAAUAUCUAACACCCCUCAAGCCGACUCAAAUAGAAACCUAGUUUGUUACAUCUAUACUCAAUUCUAGGAUCUCUAGCAAAUUCGCUAAUUGAUCAUUAGAACUGACAAAUGAUAGGACAAUUUUAUUGGAUUGCACAUUUUCUCUUAUGAAGUAGCAACCAACUUUUACAUAGUUUGUCCUUUCAUGGAAUAUUGAUUAGAGAGACAAUGUGUCUUAAAACUUAGUUGUCACAUUCUAGUUUCAUCGACUCUUUAAGAGCUAUGUUACUCAGAAUCCAAUACGAAUAUUCCCAAGGGGGUGGAUCUGAGUGUUAACAUGACUUUUUUAAAAUUCUUCACGGGAUCAAUAAAAAUAUUGAGUGGUUGCUGGGAGUGUUAGUGUGUGUCUGAGUGUGAGUAUCUAAUACAGUUGCAAAGGGAGUAAGAUGAAGAGUCCAAGUAUCAUAGUUUAAGAACAUAUUCCAACUUGUUCACCAAUUGAUUUACCUAGAUAAGCUAACAUGUAGCUUGGCGAUGCUGAUAGUCCUUGACUCCACAUCUGCAUCCAAAUGUAGAUGACACAUUACAGACUAAACACUCUGCCUUGCACAUAAUAAAUUUUCUAAAAUUCAGUAGCAUGUGCCAAGCGCUAAGUGCCAAGUGUCAAGUGCCAGGAGGCCCUCCCUUGAGCAAUUGCUUCGCACUUAUAUCCUUAGUCAAAGAUCCUCAAUUUUUCUUAUCUGAUUACUCUAAGGGGUCAAGUUUUUUAUUUCAGCGAGAUUGACUUAUAGAAUAUUAAAGAGGCUCCAUGCCGUUUUUAAUGACAUUUAACCACACGAUUCUUAUAUUCAUGUUCUCUUAUCUCAUAGUGAGACUGAUUACUGAAUGAUGUAAUACCGAUUAACAUAAACUGCUCCAAUAUAAUAAGAACGUCCAUAGCUAAAAAAGUCAAUUCCAUUUAGUUCUUUCACUUUUAUUGAUUCACGUACUUAGGAUACUUUGCCCAAGUCUUGAUGGGAUUGAGUUAUUGUAGAAAAAAAAUACAAAAGAGGUCCUCACACCAUUCUUCAAGACACUCAAAUAUCAAUACUAGUUUCUUAUAUUCUAGCAGAGAUUGAAAUGACCGAGGCACAUGAUUCAUUAUGUAUUACAGUUGCUUCAACAUUUUUUUUUUUUUUUGCUUAGGACUUAUCAAGUGUGAUUACGUUUCUGAGAAGUUAAACAUAUUGUUCUUAUUUCUAAGGAGUUUAUUAUUCAUAUGCAUUGCCCUGAUACAUAUUGAUUUAUUUUUAGUUUAUGUGGAUGGAAGCAUAUGCUUGGAUAUUUUGCAAAACCAAUGGAGUCCAAUCUAUGAUGUGGCUGCAAUCCUUACUUCUAUCCAGGCCAUUACAGCAUCUGGCACAAGGAAGAAUGAACUGAUCAUUGGCGAGCUACAGUCUCAGAUAAAGAAUAAAAAUGUCACUUUUGAUGUUAAAGCAACAUCAGACUCAACUCUUCUAACAACUGUUACAGUCGAUGAACUGGCUACCCCUGGGCUGAGAUCAAUAUUAAGUUUCGUUAUACCAAAUCAGCAGUCAGGAAAGGUUGAGCUGCAAUACCUACAUGAUUAUGCUAGCGUCACUGCUGGUAUUGGAUUGACUACCCAGCCUGUGGUGAACCUCUCAGGGGUGGUUGGUACUAAUGCUUUCUCUGUCGGAGCCGAUAUAGCAUUUGACACUGCGGGAGGAAAUUUCAUCAAAUACAACGGAGGGUUGAACGUCAUUAAUGCUAAUCUCAUUGCCUCGUUGACUCUGAACGACAAGGGGAACAACUUAACUGCAUCCUGCUACCACCUGGUGAGUCCAUUGUCCAGUACAGCAGUGGGGGCGGAGCUCUCUCGUAGCUUCUCCAGCAACGAGAACACCCUAACCAUUGGGACACAACAUGCCCUGGAUCCUCUUACCAUGGUCAAGGCUCGAUUCAACAAUUACGGGAGAGGUAGUGCACUAAUCCAGCACGAGUGGAAGCCAAAAUCAUUUUUCACAAUCUCUGGGGAAGUUGAUACAAUAGCCAUCGAAAAGAAUGCCAAGGUGGGCUUGUCCUUGGUCCUUAGGCCCUAACGAAUGUGACUGGAACACUUUAGUAAGGGAAACAAUGUAGGACUAGGAAGCACAGACUAGGCAAUGGCGUUCUUCUGAUUUCAGGACUUGAAGGGCGCCCAAUAUUCUAUGUGCAAGAUCUGCAUUCUCUCUGCCAGACAAUGAUUUAGUAAGUAAACAACUUUGCUAGAAAGUAGAACAUCAAAAAUUGCAUAUCGGAAUUCGGCCCUAACUAAGGAGGCCUUUUUAUUUCUGUUUGUUGCUUGGUAGUAUAACACUUUUGCUCGGCCAAUCCUACCAAUGGCUACGGUA